AUGAGAGCUCGACCAGGCCUUCGAGCCUGGAGCGGCCUCUUUCGAUCGUCCCCAUAUUCGCCAUUGACGCCGUCGAUAUGCUCACAAUGCCUCGGGCACGCUCGUCCAGCUAUCUCUCUCACAACCCGCAGCUAUCACCCGUCGCGCCGAAAAAACCAGCAGUCCGUCCUGUCCGCAGCAGUCUCCACCGCACAAAACAUUUUAUCCAAAACCCUGCCGACAACACCUCCUCCGGCAACGGGCAUACGAGCCGGAAAUGGCCCCGAAAUGUCCGUUGAUCCGCUGCGUAUGGUGGCCAAGGAGCUCAAAUUCCUCAAGAAGAAUAUUCGCCAAUUGCUUGGGUCGGGGCAUCCGCUGCUUGACCGAGCCGCCAAAUACUAUGCGCGCAGCGAGGGCAAACAGGUCCGUCCGCUGCUGGUGCUGCUGAUGUCCCAGGCUACGGCACUGACACCCCGGUGUGGACAAGAGGAACGUAUUUUGAGCACGGCCGGAAUCAAUGCAUCCAUCAGCUCGCCGGCUAUUCUCGCCGAUACAAACCCAGACUAUAGCCCUCUAACAGCACCCUCGGUGAUGGGAAGUGAAACCGCAUAUAAAUUUGCCGAAGGAGACGAGACUAUCCUGCCGUCGCAGAGAAGGCUGGCCGAGAUCACGGAAUUGAUCCAUACUGCGUCGCUGUUGCACGACGAUGUGAUCGACAAUGCAGUCACGCGCCGGUCCGGUGCAUCUGCAAACCUCGAGUUUGGAAACAAGAUGGCCGUGCUGGCUGGCGAUUUUCUCCUUGGGCGGGCUUCCGUCGCGCUGGCCAGGCUGAGAGAUCCCGAGGUGACGGAGCUUCUGGCCACUGUGAUCGCCAAUCUCGUGGAAGGCGAAUUCAUGCAGUUGAAGAACACGGCGCAGGACGAGCGAAACCCACUGUGGUCUGAAGACAUCAUCACGUAUUACUUGCAGAAGACAUAUCUUAAAUCUGCCAGCUUGAUUAGUAAAUCAUGCCGUGCCGCUGCGCUCUUGGGGCAAAGUGCACCUGAGAUCGUUGAAGCAGCCUAUACAUACGGCAGACACUUGGGCCUGGCAUUCCAGCUGGUUGACGAUAUGCUAGACUACACAAUUAGCGGCGAAGAGCUGGGCAAACCUGCCGGCGCCGAUCUGGAACUGGGCCUUGCCACUGCUCCAUUAUUGUUCGCCUGGAGAUCACAUCCGGAACUUGGAGCACUGGUAGGCAGGAAAUUCUCCCGGGAGGGAGACGUUCAACUGGCUCGCCAAAUCGUUUCUCAAUCCGAUGGCUUGGAUCAGACUCGUGCGUUAGCCCAGCAGUACGCUAACCAGGCGGUUGAAGCCAUUAGUAUUUUCCCAGACAGCGAAGCCAAGCGCGGCUUGGUCGAUAUGUGCGAGAAGGUCAUGACUAGAAGAAAGUAG